UAUUCUCCUAUCUCUUUCCCCUUGCGAAUCUCGCAGUUCGUUUGGUUUUCAUCUCAUCUGCUCUUCGUUGGUUCAGCCAUCUUUCAUCCUCUGUCCAACGUUCGUCUGAGAGAUUUUCGAUCUGCAAGUUCUUCCAUCGUUUCUCUUUAGGCUGGACCAGCAGAUAUUUUCACCCACAUAUUGGUCUUCACCUCUAUAUUCUACACAGUCAAACAGCUGUUGAAAGGUUUGCUCAUGAGGACAAGGGUGAUUUUGCAACUUCACUAAAGCAUUUUAGCAGUUCGUACAGAUCAGCAGGAAAUUUCUGGAGCCGAGGAUGCUUCGACCACCACCACAUCAGAUUGCUGCUCGAGGGCGCAAGAAGACACAUCUGACUGCCGCCUCCGAGAGUCCCUCUCUCUCUCUCCCACCACGAGGGUCAACGACACCUCGGGUAACCGACCACCACCUCCAAGGGUCGACAUCCACCUCUCCCUCCCUCAGCUCCUCUCACCACCGCCUCCAAGGGUCGAGUUCUGCCUCUUCCUCCCUCAGCUCCUCGCUCUCUCUCCCACAACGAAGCUCAACCAUCACCGGUCAGAUCAUCGUCUUCGAGUUCCACAACGUUGAUGAAGUGGGUUGUGAAGCCAGUAAACAUCUAGCCAUGGAUGAUAAUCAGUUCAUGGUUGUGAUGAGUAAGACAUCGGUCACACAAAGCAACACGAUGAUACCUAAAACAUCUGUGCAAAAGAUUCAACUUGACAAACUUUGUACAAGUUGCGAACCAUUUUUCUCUCCCCCUCCUAAUGUAAAAAAAAAGUUGAGUACUGUAAGAUUUGGAAUGUUCACCCUUAGAAUCAGUAGGAAAAUAUGUCUGGGUGAAUGGGGGAGUAAAAAGUGGCGACUAGAAAUUAAAAAUGAAUUAGCACACCGGUGUAGAACAACUAUAGGUAGGGAGUGGCUCACGUUUGUGAGAGAGAACCAACUUCUAGUUGGUGACCAUGUUGUUUUUCGGGUCCUUCCCUCCACUAUGGAGUUGGUGCUGGUUGGCGUUUAUCGCCACAACCCAGCUACUCCUCACCGUGCUUCCUCUGGUGUUCGUCCACAUGAGGCCACUAGUAGAGACCAGGAUCUGUCGGAGGUGGUACAGAAAUUUCAUAAUUUGGAGUUGCAAGGAAAAGAGGACAGUAUUAAGAAGCUUAAAGGUGAAAUGGCAUUGUUGAAGCAGAGAGUGGUUGAGAUUGAGAAAGCUAAUGAGGUUAAAGAUAGUUCGAUUGCUCUUCCAACACGUGGUGCCAUCCAAAUGGAGACAGAAGCUGGCGGAACCCAGGUUGAGGUGGUACAGAAGCUUAACGAUGUGAUAAAGCUUCGUAAUGAGGAGUUGGAAGCAAAAGAGGAAACUAUAAGGAAACUAAGUGAAAGAUUGUUAUCUGAGCAAAGGAUUUCUGGACUUGUGAAAAGUCAAGCCGAUAAGAUUGAUUUUCUAGAGAAAAAAAUUCAGCAAGAAUUUGCUGUUGCUAAUUCAACUCUUGCCAUCAUGAACUCUGAGAUUGCUUCAUUGCAAAGUAACUUAAAGGACAUCGAUAGAAAGAAUGAGCUCAUCUUGAGGAUGAAAGGGGCUAGAUUAGCUGAGUUGGAAGUGCUUUUCAAAGAGGAACAACUCAUGAGGAAGCGCUAUUUUAAUACUAUAGAAGAUAUGAAGGGCAAGAUCAGAGUUUUUUGUCGAAUAAGACCUUUCACUGGAAAGGAGAUUGCAGACAAAGAAAGAGGUGCUACUACAAGUGUUGAUGAGUUCACGCUUGCACAUCCACACAGAGGUCAACUUAAACAACAUUCAUUUCAUCGGAUAUUUGAUGGUAGUGCUAGCCAAGAAGACGUGUUUGAAGAUACAAGGCAUUUGGUACAAUCAGCUAUAGAUGGGUACAACGUGUGCAUAUUUGCAUAUGGGCAAACGGGUUCUGGAAAAACAUAUACAAUUAGUGGUUCAAAAGCUAAUCCUGGACUCAUUCCACGGGCAACUGCAGAACUUUUCAAAAUAAUGAGUCGAGAUAGCAACAAAUUCUCAUUUUCAUUGAAGGCAUACAUGGUGGAGUUGUAUCGAGAAACAUUUGUGGACCUUCUCCUACCAAAAAAUUCAAAGUCUUUGAAAUUGGAUGUCAAGAAAGAUCCGAAGGGUAUGGUUUUUGUUGAAAAUGCAACGGUUCUAUCAAUUUCAACAUAUGAUGAAGUGAAAAACGUCAUUCAAAGCGGCUUAGAACAAAGACAUAUAGCUGGAACUCAAAUGAAUGCAGAAAGCUCAAGAUCUCAUGUCAUACUUUCAAUUUUCAUUGAAAGUACCAACCUUCAAAUUCAAUCAGUUGGAAGAGGAAAGCUAAGUUUCGCGGAUCUUGCUGGUUCGGAAAGAAAUAAAAAGUCAUGCUCUUCAGGCAGUGAACUUAAAGAAGCUCAAAGCAUUAAUAAAUCACUUUCAGCACUUGGAGAUGUUAUCAAAGCUUUGUCUGAACGAAAUCAACACAUACCCUACAGGAACGAUAAAUUGACGAUGUUGAUGAGUGAUUCACUUGGUGGUAACGCCAAGACGCUAAUGUUCAUUAACGUUUCUCCUGCCGAAUCAAAUGUGGAUGAGACACACUGUUCUCUAUUGUUCGCAUCAAGAGUUCGAUUGAUUGCGAAUGAUCCAACCAAAAAUGUUGCUUCAAAAGGAGAAGAUCAAGAACCUGCAACUUUGCCCUCAAAACCCAAUUCUUCCUCU